GACGUCCAACUUCACUGCCUCGAACGGCAUGUUGGUGGGUGGAACCUGCGAGCUCUGCGUCGGAGACUGCCGGGAGUGCUUGACGAACAAGGAAUGCACGGUCUGCGAGAAUAAAAUGCUGCUCAGAAACGGCACGUGUGAAGCAAAAUGUCCAGACGGCUUUUGGGAGAAGACAGGCAAGAACGGUGUCAACGGCACUUGCGAGCAUUGCUCGAUUGGAACGAAGAAGUGCACGGCUCCUCAAAAGGCGGCUCUUAUUAGCUCUCUGAUUGACCUCGGGGACGGCGCUGCUGAGCCUCAGGCCGUAGAGUGUGACCCAGGCGUCGAGCUGAAGAAUGGAGAGUGCGUGAACCCGUGCCCAAGUGGCAAGUACAAAGAUCCCGAGUCG